ACCCCGUCUCGUCACCCCAGAGAAAACGUAAUAGUUAGCAGAAAUAUAAGAUGGGAUUUGACACGUUCGUUAGGAGAGUGCUAGAAACAGAACGGGUUUGGCACGCUCGUGAAAGUGAUAGAUAAUUUUACGAUUGGAGUUAAGUGUAGAUCUAGAUCUGUUUAUCUUUUAAGCAUUUUAAACAAAGAUACAUUUUAGCCACAAGUUAAAUGCACUAUCAGCAGUAAAAUGCAAAUCUGAUUUCUUAUGAAAUAUAUUUUGGUGGUUAUUAGAUUAGAACUUUGAAAAUAUAUUUUCUUCGCGUAUAGAAUAUUUACCAUCAGUGGCCAUAGUAUAUCUAAAAAAGGAUCAGAUAGAACAAAUAAUUACUUAUCAGUGGAUUCUAGAGCCAGAGGUAAUGAAAUUCCAGACCUUGUUUAUCAUAGUUUACUGAUUCUGAUAUAUUUUUUGCCAUCAGAAAGUGAUAGAACUUAGGCGCGACAAGCUUCGCCUUAGAUUCAGUGUCACUUGGAAAUAAAUUAUUGUACUCACUUCGCCUUAGAUUCAGUGUCACUUGGAAAUAAAUUAUUGUACCCACUUCGCGUUAGAUUCAGUGUCACUUGGAAAUAAAUUAAUGUACCCACUUCGCCUUAGAUUCAGUGUCACUUGGAAAUAAAUUAUUGUACCCACUUCAAUGAAAUUGUGUUUAAUGAACAGAAGAGAAUAAUAUUGACAAUAUCACCCCAAAACAAAAUCAGGAUUGGCACAAGUUUAUCAAACCUGAAUCAUGUGCUCUUCAGUUCCAAGGGGUUAUAUUUUGUAUGCUCAUGCUGUGUGCAAAUCACUGAUCGUUAUAUAUUUUGUCCUAAACCAGGUGUCCUUUGCUCUUUCUCAUUAUAAAGACUCCUCGUCGAACUUUCCCUGCACUCCUAAUAGAACAGAAACACAUUUCCCCGUCCUUAGAACAAUUGGUAGCCAAGGUUAUGCUGAUCCAGACGCUGCUCCUCUACAAUCCCAGAAUGCAUUAAAGGUUCUGCUGAGAUGGCGCAGACUUGACCUAGAGAUUAUCCUUUACCCUAGUGAACUUACAUUGCCCCAGACACACAGUGAGUGGACCGAGGGUGACAUCACCCAUGCUGAGUUCUCCAAGCGUAGUUGUUUCUACCAUGGCUACGUGCAGGGUCAACGUUCGUCUGACGUGGCUUUGUCGACAUGUCUUGGACUGUCCGGAUAUAUUCAGACAGACACUGAGUUGCUAUUUAUUGAGCCUACCAACAGAAACGAUGCAAUUUCUGGCCUACACUUCAUGUACACAUGUGAACCAAAGAGAAGACCAAAUCACGUGGACGUGAAAACAGGAGUGUCACAUCUACGACAUCGCAGGUCUAGUGACAAACCAAAGUAUCUACAUGUAGCUCUGGCUCUGACCUAUAACUUAGUGGACGAAGUGGGAAGUAAAGAAAAAACUGAACAAUACGUUAUGACGCUUAUGAAUAUAGCCAACAGAGUGUAUCAGCAUUCUUCAUUAGGAGUGGAUAUCAGAUUAGUUGUAGUCAAGCUAGUGUUUCUCACCAAAAGUCAGCAUAAGCAAGUGGUUGACAAUAGUGAUCCUCAGAGAACUGUAAAUUUGUUUUGUGAAUGGUCAAAACAGCUAACUCCAGCUGGUCAACCAGUGACUCAUGACAUUGCUGUUCUGAUUACAGAGGAUGACUUUGGACCUUCAGGUUUUGCUCCCUUGAAUGCCAUGUGUGAUCCAAUGAGAAGCUGUGCUGCUGUCAGAGAUGAAGGUUUUCUCACUGCAUUUGUAAUAGCUCAUGAGAUUGCCCAUGUUUUUGGUGUGCCUCAUGAUGGUCAUGGCAAUAAGUGCUACGGGAGGAAAUAUGAGACAGCCUUGAUGGCAACACAGGUACUCUCCAAUCUAAACCAUUUCUGGUGGUCAGAGUGUAGCAGUAGUAGAAUGAAAGAGGUGAUCAGGUACUUAACAUGUUUAAACAAUGAGGGUACACUAAUCAACAAUCACUACCCUCUUAAAGCAGAAAAUAAAGGUUACUCAAACAUAGGACAUCCUUGGAGUUUGGACUUUCAAUGUAAAAUGAAAUUCGGUUCUUAUUUUAAAUUUUGCCAUGGUUUUGGAGAUGGUCCCUGCUCAGUGCUGUGGUGCAGUAAUGCUUCAACUCCCCUUCAAUGUCGUACCAAGCGUCAGGCACCCUUGCCUGGAACCCCUUGUGGACCUGAUAAAGAAUGUCAAAAUGAAGUAUGUAAAUAUGUGGGCAACAAAAAACCUGUGAAUGGCAAUUGGAGCGCUUGGACAUCAUGGACAUCCUGUAGUACAAACUGUGGUGUUGGCCUCAAAUACAGAACCAGGACAUGCACCAACCCAGAGCCAGAGUAUGGUGGUAAAAAUUGUGAUGGUGAAUCCUCAAAUUUUGACACAUGCUUAAAUCCUAAAUGUGACAAUUUUGAGGAUGGCAGGCAAAAAGAUUGUGAUAAUUGGGAUUACCUGCAAAUUGAACAUGGAACUCACAAAUGGCAAGCGUAUGAAGGACAGACUGAUGACUCCCUAUGUUUACAGACGUGCAAGUCAUCCUAUACUAAUCAUGUGGUGACAAUUAAUGUGGUUGUAUCUGAUGGAACACCAUGCAGCUACUCAAGGAACAACAGCAAUAUUUGUAUGGAGGGGAAAUGUUUGGCAGUAGGAUGUGAUGGGAAGUUCAACUCAACUUUGAAAGAGGACAUGUGUGGUGUGUGUGGUGGGAACAGCGGAGACUGUAAAGUCAUCUCAGGACAUUUUAUACAGAAACCAAAAUCAGGCCAGGACUAUAUUGAAGUUCUAACAUUACCAGUAAAUGCUAGACACAUCAAAAUAAUGGAAACAAAACAGUCUUCACAGUUUCUGGCCUUACUUGAUCCUAAGUAUGGGCGGUAUUAUCUAAAUGGAGACAAGCAACAGUCUGAUGAUAAAAAGUUUGUUAUGGCUGGAGCCAUGUUUGUCUAUGAGACUACCAGUUGGAAAACUAAUGAGACUAUAACAUGCAAUGGUCCUAUUAGAAACACUGUCAAAGUUAUGGUUUAUCCAAAUAAAGUCAUGGAUGAAACAGCUAUCUAUUACAGCUAUACAGUGCACAAAAAGGAUAACAGCUAUGAAAGUAAUAAAUAUGCUUGGAAGUUUGACAAAUGGUCAGAUUGUUCAGUCAUAUGUGGUGUUGGAGUUCAUGUCAUGCAACAUAUAUGUUAUAAUAAAGACAAUGGCCAGAAAGUAGAGGAUGAGAAAUGUGCUCUACUUAAAGUGCCAAGAAAAGAUGAAGUUUCAUGUCGUCGAGACUCUUGCACAACAGCAAUCUACAACUAUGUCAUGGAGAAUACCUAUGAAGAAUGCAAUGCCAGUUGUGGACAACCAGGACUUCAAUAUCAAAAAUUUCAUUGUGAGAAAAAGUUUCCUAACAACACUUUUAUAGAAGUAGCAAAUUCUUUAUGUGAACAUCUUAGUGAGCCUAAAAUUUCUAUAAGCUGUCAGGGGAAGCCAUGCCCAACAGUAGAAAGAUUUCAGUGGGCAGCAUCCAACUGGUCUCAAUGUUUCUGUGAGAGUGAAUCUUCUGAGGCUAUACAGCGUCGUGAAGUUUGGUGUGAAUUGAUCACACAGAGAGACAAUGGUUUGGUGGAGAGUAAAAAUGUAGUGGAGUCAGUCAAAUGUCAAAAUGUUAUUGACAAACUUAAAGACACUCAGACAUGCUCCAAUGUAUCAUGUCUGCCUCAAUUACGCUGGAGUACAGGCCCCUACUUUGAAGCUUGCAAUGCUAAGUGUGGCGAAACUGGUACUGAAGUGAAUAGAAUGGUUUGUGAAACACAGAAUAAAAAUGGCACUGUUGACAUUGUUGAUGUUUCAAGAUGUGAAAAUGUCAGUAAACCAACACCAGUGUUCAGACCAUGCACUGCUGAUCCUUGCAAAUCUGUACCCAAACUGUACACCUGGCAACCCUCAGAUCUUUGGGCAGAUUGUGAUGCAGCCUGCAACCAAAAUGGUACACAGUUGAUGCUGUAUGUUUGUCAAGAACUAGAUUCAUCUGGCCAACUGAUUAACAUCACUGUUGAUAGCCUUUUGUGUGACCUUGACUCCAGGCCAGAUGAAAGAAAACAGUGUGUAGGGCUGCCCUGCACACUAAAAUGGGAAAUUGGUCAAUGGUCUGAGUGUUCUGUGACCUGUGGUCGUGGUAAACAUUACAGAAAAGUUUAUUGUGGCGAUCCUUUGUCAGACCAUGAUGACAACAGAUGUACAGAUGCACCUCCACCAAUGUCAAAAAUUUGUAUUAAGAAAGAGUGCCCUAAAAUCCGUGAUGUAGAUUGUGUUGAUAUGUAUUCCUACUGCACUGCUUAUAAGGACUUAUAUUCUAGAUGCAAGAAAGACAACUUCCAGAGAAAAUGUUGCAGAGUGUGUCGUGAUAAUGAGAGAUCUUCUAGAGGAUAUUUAAGUCCUUUACAAAGUCUAAUUAAAAAACGUAAUAUUAGAAGACUACAAAGGCUAAAUUCAUAGUAACCUACCUGAAUGUUUUAAUAUUAAAUCUUUGUAAAUAUUUAUUUCAUAAUUAUAAAACCAAGAUUUAUUGAAUUUUUUCAAUUGAAUAAUUGUAAGUGUAAAUAUAUGGAGUUUCACUAGGUGAUAUAACUGUACAUCAAAGUCACAUAUUUGUGAAGGAUAAUGAGAUGCGACUAUGAUUAUGCAGAUGUGCAGAAUGCAAGAAGAAUGAAGUAGACAUCAAUUAUUUUAAAUUCACCAAUCUUGAAAUUACAACUAAUAUCUAAAUUCAAAAGAAUUUAUAUAAUUUUAUUCAGUAUCCUAUAUUACUAUUAUAGGUUCACGAACUGUAUAUAGCCCCACUAACACUUUUAAUAUACAAAUGACUAACUUUGAAAAUCUCUAAUAGUUUUUGUAAUUAUUAUUCCAAUGUUUAUUUAAAAUGAUAUGUUAAUCUUAAGUUUUUGAUUUCUGAAAAAAAAAACUGAUAUUGUUUCUGGUUCUUACAUUUCAGACUUUUUUUUUUUAAUGUGUUCAAUUUUUUUUUUCUUAUUGUAUACAAAAGUACAGUUUCAAUCAUACACAAAUUAAUUAUUAGACUUUUAAUAAUUUUUUUAUUAAUGUGUUUUUACAUGAAAUUUUAAUUUUUUUUUUUUUUACAAAAAACUUUUUGUAUGUCACACAAUGAAAAAAAUAAAAAAUGUGUUGAUGUUUUUUUUUUUGUCCUGAACAUUUUGCUGUAAUUCUUGUGGCCCUGAUGUCUUGGUCUCCAACUCUGCAGUUCUUGUGGCCCUGAUGUCUUGGUCUCCAACUCUGCAGUUCUUGUGGCCCUGAUGUCUUGGUCUCCAACUCUGCAGUUCUUGUGGCCCUGAUGUCUUGGUCUCCAACUCUGCAGUUCUUGUGGCCCUGAUGUCUUGGUCUCCAACUCUGCAGUUCUUGAAACCAUUUGUGACUUGUAUUAAUGGUGAACUUCAAAAACAUCAGAGAAAUUACAUUGGCAGUUUGCACAAUCUUG